ACCCUGCAGCACCUCCCCAACGUCUUCUUUUUUCUCAUUCUAUCUCUCCCAAGCGUAUUUCCAUGUUAGAAUCGUGGUGUCUGCAGUAGGGUAUUUUCUUCAUCCUUUUUAUCAAGGAUGAUGAGAUUUUCAUCUAUACGCUUUCAUUUUCAUCUUUGCUACUUGACAUUUUUAGUUUUUUCGGUUCAGUUGAAGUUGCGAAGAAACGUUUUGGGAAGCUGAACAUGAUAAUGAUGAACGCGGUCAUGGAGGCGAUGGAUCUGAGGCGAUGAUGAAGAUCGAUUCGGUAACGAGGAUCCACACGGAGAUGAUGAAGAUCUGAGGCGAUGGAGGCGUGAGUGAUGAAUAUUAUUUUGUUAAUAUUUGCUUAUAUGUGAGAAUAUUUGCUUGCAAAGUGUUCGACUUUAUUCCCGAGAGGAACGUUGUACCUUGGACUAACAUUAUUGGGUGCUAUUCUCGCAUGGGUCACUUUCUUGAGGCCUUUUCUUUGUUUGAUGAAAUGCGUCGCCAGGGAAUUCAACUCAGUAGCGUUACCAUGUUGAGCUUGCUGUUUGGAGUUUCAGAGCUUGCUCAUGUGCAGUGUUUGCAUGGUUGUGCAAUUUUGUAUGGGUUUAUGUCUGAUACAAAUUUGUCAAAUUCAAUGCUAAAUGUAUAUGGGAAAUGUGGAAACAUUGAGGAUUCUAGGAAAUUGUUUGAUUACAUGGACCAUAGGGACCUGGUUUCAUGGAAUUCCUUGAUAUUAGCCUACGCCCAGAUUGGGGAUUUAUGUGAAGUUUUGCUGCUUCUCAAGACAAUGAGGGUACAAGGUUUGGAGCCUGACCCAUAGACUUUUGGGUCGGUGUUGUCUGUGGCUGCGUCAAGGGGGAAUUGUUGAAGCUGGGAAGGAAGCUUAUGAUACAUUCAUAAAAAUAAGUUGGAACUUCAAAGAGUUAUCACUGGUUGAUGAUAUUGAACCAUAUUUCACACUAAUUAGUUAUUGACUUUGAUUUUAUUUUUGUGAGAAGACUUUACCUACUUCCUAAUUUCACUCCUCUCACAAUUGUUAUAUGGUUUUUUCUGUUUUCUUUGAAGACAAUAAUUAGGCAACAAAUCCAUUGUCAUGGAUUGACUUAUUUUGAGGAAAUAAUCGUUAUUUUUUAUUUUAUUUUUUUCCUAGCAGCUUCCAUAGAGAUCUUCUAAAUGAAAAUAACGAUUAUUUCCAUAGGUAGGUGAAAAUAUUUCUGGUUCGUUUUCUCCCAAUACAAGAAACCCGAAGAAAAGGAAAUUGGAAUGAGACAACAAAACACAAAUAGGAAUGUAUUUAGUGACCCCUUCACUGCUAUGCUUGUAUUCCCAAUAUCUACAUCAAUUGAUUUUUCUUCAUCAAUUUAGGUGACUGUAAAUUAUCAUGCCUGGAUUCUUUUGGCACGUGCAACUAAAAACUGACAAUUUGUUCCUUCUAAAAUUAAAUAAAUAGAUAUGCUAAACUUUCGUAAACUUGUAUAUGCACUCAUCCUUAUAUUGUACUUGCUUAUCGCCAGUACAAUAUAAGGGGUUAAAGUACAAGGGCUAAUAGUUAUGUUUUUUACAUACAGAUCAAAGCACUCCACCAGUAUGAUUGCUUAUGAACCAAUAAGUCAAUGUUGGUUGGGCUCUAGAAGCCUGAGUACCAUUUUUGAAUAAGGAGUUUAUCAAUGUUGUAAUGAAUAUUGGUCCUAAGUAUAAAAUGAUAAAACGAGAAGAAGGACGAAUAGAGAAAUGGGUUCUGAGGAAGGGCUUUGAUGGUGAAGAGCAUCCUUAUCUGCCAAAGCGCAUUUUAUUUAGGCAGAGAGAACAAUUCAGUGAUGGAGUUGGCUAUAGUUGGAUUGCUGGCCUUAAAGCCCACACACAACAAAACAUAUUGAUCAUCAUGACUAUGACAACAUUUCUCUUCUCCGUUUCAAUCCCUUUGGGAGGCAUAACAGUUGGUGCAGGAGUGGUAGCCAAAGUGGCCUAGGAUAUUGGUCUGGAAUCCACAAAUUUUUUUUCCAAUAAUUUGUAAAUAAUUUGUGAGUAGGGACUGAGAGCAGCAUUUUAGGAGGAUUCUAAGAUUUGAUUAUUUUUGACACUUGAUGUGUUGUUCCAUUUGAAUGUUUGUUCUGAUUUGUUUAUUUGACAGAGAAUUAUAAUAAUUGAUUUAGAUAUUUUUCAUAUAAAUGCAGGAAAAGUAG